UAUCCAAACCCACAUCUCGUAGGGUUUUCAAAGCACUUAGUAGCCCGCCCCCAUUGCCGCAAUGGGAUAGAUAGGCAAAUCUCACAAGUCAUCUCUCCUAUCGCCCCCUUCGAUUCUCUUCUUUCAUACGUUUUGGUAUGUUUCUUCUUUAAUUCUCUCUUCUUUUUUCCAUUUACUACUCCAAAAUCUGCCGUUUUCGUCAAGAUUUGGUAAGUUCUUGUUGAUUUUUUUUAUGUUGCCCCUCUCACUUUUCUCGGGUUUUAGGACCUUGUGGAAUGAUGGGGCAGUGAUUAUUAGACUGGGUUUUUAAGAAAAGUGGAAGAUUUGCAUUUCAUUUUCAUCGGUGGGUCUUUGUUCGAGACAAUGAUGUUGAAUCUCUUUUGACCAGGGGAAAGAAAGAGCCCAAUAAUAAAGAAAGAAAAAAGAAUAAUGCCUCCAGAGGUGGAGAUUGUGGCUCAAUUACAGGGAAAGUGAAAGAGAGUGCCGAACUCUCUCCUCAUUCUUUCUCCUCCCCCCCUUUUUUUGGGCCACACAAUUUGUGCCCGGGUUAUGUAUAUCUAUUGUGUGUUGAGGAAGACUGUCUUUUUGUUUCAAGAUUUAAAAGAAACUCUGCACCACCGUCUGGUUUUAGGCCUGAAAUUGUGUUCAAGAAAGUCUGUAAAUUGCCUAUGUUUAUGGGUAGGGGGGAUGAGGUGGGCGGGCAGGUGCUGGAUCUGGAGACUGCUGUUAAAGAUGGUAUUUUGGGUGGGGGAGGGGGUGGCGGUGGGGCGGCGGUGGCUGGUACCGGCGAAAAGAACAUUAGUCUGAGGAAAAUGAUUCAAGAAAUUGGUUCAGUUGAUGUCCCUUCAGUCUUCAUUUGCCCAAUUUCCUUAGAGCCGAUGCAAGAUCCGGUGACCCUUUGCACGGGUCAGACCUAUGAGAGGUCCAACAUUAUGAAAUGGCUGUCUUUGGGUCGCCCUGUUUGUCCCACCACAAUGCAAGACCUUUGGGACGAUUCCAUCGUCCCAAACAGCACCUUACGCCACCUGAUCCACAGCUGGUUUUCCCAGAAGUAUUCGGCUCUGAAAAAGAGAUCCGGCGAUGUGGAGGGGAGAGUCUUGGAGGUUCUGGAGACCUUGAAGAAGGCUAAGGGUAAAGCCAAGGUUCAGGCUUUGAAGGAGCUGAGGCAGGUCGUCACUGUCCAUGGUUUGGCAAAGCGAACCGUAGUCAGUAACGGUGGAGCCACUUUGAUUAGCUCCAUGUUGGAUGGCUUCACCACCCACGCCGUUGCUUCAGAGACAAUCGCGAUUUUGGUUCAAUUGGAUCUUGGCCUGGAUACAAAGGCGUGUUUGAUUCAACCGGGCAAGAUUUCACUAGUGGUGGACACGUUGAACGAGGGAUCGAUCGAGACGAAGAUCAAUUGCACGAAAUUGCUCGAUGUGUUGAUAAGGGAAGAAGGGUGUGAUCCGGAGUCGCAUAUCGCGACAAGUCUGAGUCUUUUGGUUGGGUUGUUGAGAUUGGUUAAGUUCAAGAACCAGCCUGAAGUGGUCCGGGCCGGUCUCCGAUUACUCAAGGUGAUGUCGUCUUCGUAUCCACCCGCGAGGGGCUCGAUCGUGAGCGUCGGGGGCGUCCCUCAAUUGGUGGACGUGUUACCCAACUUAAACGCGGAAUGCUUGGAGUUAGCCCUUCAUGUUCUAGAAGCUCUUUCGACCCUCCAAGAGGGCGCGUUGGCCCUAAAGGAUUGCCAUAGGACCAUCCCUAAUGUUGUGAGGCUGGUGAUGAAUGUCCCAGAGAACAGUACUCGGUUGGCGUUGUCGGUCCUUUGGGCGGUCUGUAAGAUCUCCCCCGAGGAAUGCGCGUCAGUUGCAGUGGAGGCAGGGCUAGCGGCAAAGCUCCUCCUCGUCAUUCAGAGCGGUUGCAGCCCAGAGUUGAAGCAGCAAUCUGCAGAACUUCUGAAGCUCUGCAGUCUAAACUACACAGAAACCAUUUUCAUAUCCACACAAGUGUGAACAUGGUGUUGUUCGUGUGCAUGCUGCUGCAGCCUUU